UGGUCCCACGCACUUAUCGGACAUUCCUGUCCCUCUCCCCGCCCCGCAUCAGCUCCGGGAUAUAUAUCCUGAGAUUCACGAGCUCGGACACAGAGACACGGAGGAGAUCCGGAGAGACGCUUUAGUUUGGAUUUAGACGCAUUCACGCGCACUGAAGAAGAAGCCGAGUACAGCGCGCUUGUUUCGAGAGGAGUUUAAAGAGAAACCUUCAGGUCAACAUGAAAUUGUUACUAAACCUGCUGUUGCUGCUUUUUGCUUUGUGCUGUGCUGCAGAUCCCAAAGUGUUCAAUAUCAGACAGAAGAGAGGCACGCGCACAUAUAGAGAAGCUUGUGUGGACGCUAAUUCGGCCGCAGUCAGAGACAUUGGGGCGACGUGGCUGCGAUGGAAGGGUCAGAAAGUUGAAUUCUGCCGCUGCGCCGUUCGAGCAAGAGUACGCUGUUAUGAGAUACCGGUGACCAAAUGUUUCGUGUCUAAGUGUUAUAAUGGAGGGACGUGUAAAGAAGUUCUUAACUCCAGUGACUUCAUCUGCCAGUGUCCUCCCGGGUUCACAGGAACACAGUGUGAAAUCAACACAACUGAGCGAUGUUCCAGGGGUCAGGGGUUGGGUUACCGUGGCACCUGGAGCACGAGUGAGUCAGGACUGGAGUGUAUUAACUGGAAUUCCAGCUCUGUCCGAGAGAAGAAGUUCACCGCCAGGAGACCAGAGGCAAACACACUGGGACUGGGAAAUCACAACUACUGCAGGAAUCCAGAUGGAGACGCUAAACCCUGGUGUUAUGUUUAUAAAAAUGCUCAGCUCUCAUGGGAGUUAUGCUCUUUACCGACCUGCGUAAUCGACCCCUAUCUAGAGUGCGUACGGGGAUCUGGUCGGACCUACAGAGGGAUGAAAGCCGUCUCACGCAGCGGUUCGAAGUGUCUGUCAUGGGAUUCACCCGCAGUGUCUCAUAAGAUCUACAACGCGUGGAGGUCCGACGCCAGAGAGAUCGGCAUCGGCAGCCACAACUUCUGCAGGAACCCGAAUGGUGACCUGGGCCCCUGGUGUCACGUCUAUAAAGGGUCUCGGUUGACCUGGGAGCUCUGUGACGUCCCUAAGUGCCCGAGGAAGACUCCAUCGAUCAGCACACUCGGCCCACGAGCCCCGAUAACCACCAAAACUCAAGGUUACUGCGGUCAGCGGGUUGAAGCUCCUUCGAACUCUCUGCCCAUGUUCAGGAUUCGUGGAGGUCAGGUCAGCGAUAUCAGAGAGCAGCCGUGGCAGGCCGCCUUGAACCUCUAUCUCCCACGUUCCAGAUUAUACAACCUCCUCUGCGGCGGUGUCCUCAUCGACUCCUGCUGGAUCCUCACCGCCGCUCACUGCUUCCAGAAGAGACAUGAUGAGAAUCAUCUUCAAGUGGUUCUGGGCCGAACCUUCAGGCUUCAGAACUCCAGCAGCGAGCAGAUCUUUGACGUGGAGAAAUACUGGAUUCAUGAGCAGUACGACGACGAGACGUAUGACAAUGAUAUCGCUCUGCUCAAGUUAAAGAGCAAGUCCGGGAUCUGUGCCGUGAACUCUGCAGAAGUUCUGCCUGCAUGUUUACCAGAUCCUAACCUAGUUUUACCGGACUGGACGGAGUGUGAGAUCUCUGGUUACGGGAAAGAGGAAGAGUUUUCUCCGUAUUACUCGGAGCGAAUUAAGCGCGGUCGGGUGCGCUUGUGGCCGCAGGAGCAGUGUGUCCCGGAGAAGCUGGCCGACCGUCUGGUGACCCCAAACAUGCUGUGCGCCGGAGACACGCGCGGCCUGGACGACGCCUGCAAGGGGGAUUCCGGCGGUCCUCUGGUGUGUCCCAAAAAUGGCAGGAUGACUCUGAUGGGUUUGGUCAGCUGGGGCGACGGCUGCGGGAAGAAAGACACGCCUGGUGUUUACACGCGUGUCACAAACUACAUAAACUGGAUCUCCAGCAAGAUGAGAGCGAACUGAGAUGCAAGCGAACAGCAUUCGCACAAAAUACAGUGACUGUCAGGUACUGGGAAUAAGAUGAUUGGGAAAAUACCUCGCAUUCACUGUCCUUCACAUCUACUGGACUCUACAUUUGACCAGCUCUGUGGCUAUGAGUGGCAUUAAAGGAGGAGACAUGGGAAAUCUGACUCCAAAGACGGUGUCCUGACAUUUUAUGCUAGCUGUCAGAUUUUCCUACAUGCGCACAUCAAUAUUGUGUCUUUUUUCUCAAGCUUAACAAUGAUAUUUAAUGUAUCUGCAUUAUUGUAAGGGUAGGUUUAGGGUUGGGGUAGGUGUAGACUUUAAUAAAACACAGUCUAAUAGGUAGAAAAUUAUUUAUUGUUUGUUUCCUGCAGCUGUGUCCUUUCUAGCUUCAACUGCGAAUAUAACACAUUAUCACUGUAUUUGCAUUACUGUAAGGGUAGGUUUAGGGUUGUGGUAGGUGUAGAUGUUAAUAAACCAUAAUUUUACCGGCAGCAUUCACGUUGUCGAAUUGUACUGUAUGGGAGGUAGCAAAAUCUGACAGGGUAGCACAAAUCGACAGAACAUGAUAAUUUACAACACACAACGUGGCCUUCAAUUUGCAUAAGGACAACAUUGGAAAUGCAUGAUAAAUGGUGGUAAAGUGCAAACUCUGAGAUCUAUUUAAAGCACUUUGUUUUAAAAUGAUACUGGAUUUAGAGGCACUUGUGCUUUGCUUUUAAAUAGAUAAGACGUGAGUGAGCGACUGAUGGCACUUUUGAAUGUCAUGUGACACUUUAUAAUGCUUGUUACAUCGUAAUAAUUUUUAACACUAAACUUCUGCUGGGUCAGAGAGACGUUUGUUUUGGUGGUCAGUAAUGCUGCGUUGAUCCAGACACACUCAUUUGACUGUAUUUAAUACAACUUUUUUGACUGCAGAAUGUCUUUAGCAACCCAGAUCUAAUAUUAUUGCAGACUUUAGGUGUUGGGAUGCAUAUUAAGUUAACUAUUUAACAUCUUUUAUACACUUUUAUACACAUGAGCAGCUAGUGCUAAGUUAUUGUUUUUAUAUGGUAAAUGGUCGUAUGUUAUUUUCGCCUGACAUUUUAUAAAACGUGAAAUGGAAACUGUUCUUUGUCUUUUGUAUGAAAAUAUUUAUUUCGGCAAGUGUUUUGUGAAUUCACACUGUCUAUUUAGUCAAACUGGAUAAUGGGGGUGAGUGAUUUCAGGAAAAACUGCUAAAGAUUUACAAAUAAAAGUCAUUUCAGAGACUUGAGUCUUGCAGCAAAAGCUAAUUUCCUUGUUUAUUUCCUUUAAAUAAAAUGUAUGGAAGCCUGUUUCCUCCACUUAAUAAAAAUGGAAAAAUAA